AUGUCGUGGUGGUCGUCCUGGUCCUCCUGGUCCUCUUCCGAGCGCCCGUGGCGUGGCCAGGAUUGGGAUGAUGGUGACAGUCGUCAACAGUGGGGCGAGGGCAGCGGGUCUUGGCAGUCCUGGCAGUCUUACUCCGGAUGGGCCUCCGGAUCCGCGGGUAGCGCCGGAAAAGGCAAAGGGAAGGAGGAGUCACAACCGAAGAGGCUUCGUCAUGAGCAGGCCCCGACCAUUGGAUGUGACGAGGACAAAGAGUACGUGUAUGCGUAUGUCCCUUGGGUCGUGAGCGACUACAAGAACCAAUGUUUGAGGCCAGUCAUCGCGGAGAUUGAAGACAUGGGUUGCGCUUUCAAGAUGAAGCUCUUUUUGGCCCGCAAAUGCUCCAGGGUGAGCAUUAGAGGCAAAGAAGCAAGGAAUGCUUGGAAGCAUUUCUUGGAUAGCACGAGGAAACUUUUGCCAGAGAAAUUGUCUGAGUUUCCAAAAAUGUCACAUGUUCAAAUUCGCCCUGUGGUCGAAGACGACGACGUGAAAGACGAGGGGGGAACAGAAGUGAAGGACGAACCCGAUUGGGACGCAGAUGAUGACAAGGACGAAGACGAGGACUUGCCAGCGGCUUCGGGGCAGGCAGCUCCGGUCACCCCACCCCGCCGGUCGCCGAAAAUGUUCACGGGCAAAAGCAAGUGGCAAAAAAAAAGCGAUGGCUGCGAUGAUGCACUAGAGGCUGAAACGGAACCCAAUGUAAGGGUUUCCACUGAUAAGACAGGGUGCCUGCUGGUCACAGAUCAGACAGGCCGAAUCAUCACAAGGCUCAUGCCUGAAGCAAAAAAAGAGUCCAUGGGCCAAGAAAUGGAGGGGUCAAGAAUGUAUCGUUUGGCUCAAAAAAUUGCAAAAGAAGCAAUUGAAACAUGCGGUCUCUCCCCUGGACCGGAGCUCAUGCUGAAGUCACACGUCUCGAUGUUGAAGAAUUCUUCACGAGACGACCUCAGCACGAUGUUGAGCUUCUGCACGUGUUGCUUUGGACGAGGGUGGCAACUCAGGAUUUCCCUGCCAAUCAACUUGGCCAUCAUGGAAAAGUAUGAGAUGACGACGCGGUUUUGCAUCAGCCUUUUCCGGCCAACGGAAGACCAAUUAUACAAGGUUAGUGUUGGUCUUACCACCUUUCCAUUGUCGAACGAGUUGGUGCAGGAGGUGGAGAGGGAUUUUCAAGAAACCAAAAAAUGGAUCUUGGAAAACUGCCAAGAAGAACUCAGAUCUGGCAAGUUGGUCUGCAGCGUGCACAGGAGGGAGUUUUUCCACAGCUCCGUGUGCAAAAACACGUGCCAUAAAUUGGCCUUGUUGGAGGCUUGGCGCACAGGCCGGGAGUCAGAAGGCGACGAAAUUAGUGAAGAUCUGGCGCCUCCACCGAUAGCUCGGUUUGACGCUUUGUGGGCAUUGAAGCAAAGGAUCCCGCCCAGCUACACGCUCCGGGAUGAAUUCAAAGACAAGAAACACAUCCUUUGCAACUUGGAUGCUGACAACAUCUUGUCUGCAGAUUUCGCCGCGCAAAUUGCUAUUCAUUUCGGCAAAACCACCGGUCCUGGUGGUCUUACCCCGGGCUCUGGUAACUAUGGACACGCUCCUGUGUUCGGUGGCCGUUGCAGUGGCGGAGACGACCUCGGAUGCUGUGGCCGUGUCUUGAUCAAUGACCGAGGGUUCUUUGAGUUGCAAGGAUACGACCAAUCCUUUCAUCCCACGGGUUUUCAAGACAUUGAUUUGUGGCAAAGGACCAAGACCAAAGCAGGGCAAGCGCCAAAAAUGAAGUUCUUCUCUGGAUGGUCUGUGCCGAAUUGCCCGGACAACGCCUUCAAGGCAGUGGCUAUCGAAAAGAACAGGCUCACCGGCUGCAACCUCAAGUGGGGACAGCAAGAUCAGGAAAAUCGGGCUGAUGCAGCCAGAAAACUUGCUGAGGGGAAGUGGUGGCGCAACAGCAUUGAGGCAACAAUUUCUUGCAGAGACAUGUGGGAGUUGAUGCUGAGCUUGGGAAAUGCAGACCCGGAGGGCAAAACCGUGCUGCUGACAGCCAGAAAGCCUGAGCAGGAUGAUGGUCUUACCUCUACUGCGUUGAAACCACCGCCACCGCCUCCAAAGGCAGCCCCGUCCGAAGCAGCCUCAGGUUCUCAGCAGCCGAUGCCUCCCAGGCCUGCUCGACCGGCACCUCCAAGCAAAUAUGGUAAAAAAAAGGAAAUCGAGUCCAAGCUUCCUCCCUGCUUUGUGAGGGUGAUCGCAUGUGGAGCAGGCAACCUCGGCAAGGUAAUCAAAAAUGCCUGUCGCGUCAAUCACUUGCCAAGUCGGGUUUGGCAAGCAACCUUGGACUUGAGACAUCAGUGCGACCAAUUCGAAGCAGUGGAAGAGGAGUGCCUCAAAAUGUGCCUGGACCACGUGGAUGGCCUAAUGAUGGGCAGCCCAGGGCAGAGCUCUCACAGCAUCAUCUUCUGUGAUUGCCGGGACAAGGGCCUGCAAGGUUGGGAUGACCCGGAAGUCAUGGAUGGGUCAGCGAAAUACCACGUAGGAACAUUCCCGGUGAACCUGAAGAACUUUGCGCGAGGGGAGGUAUUCAAACGUGAGCUGCACAGGGUUCGACGGUACAUCUUGUCCCGGUUUGCGUUGGACCCCAAGGCUUCUCCAGGGGUGACAGUGGUUGCUUAUUGCCGUGGCGGCAACCACCGCAGUGUUGCAUUCGCUUACCUGCUGCAACAUGUCCUCAGUCAGCAGACACUGGUCACCUGCGCAUCGAAUGAUGUGAUUUGCUUGACCGAGUUGGCUGGGCACUGGUCGGAUCGAAAAUGUGGACGAUGCAACUUGUGUCGCCACGAGAGGCUGCCUCCCAGAGAGGCAACAAUGGUUCAAGACGCAUUCGGCUGCGCGCUUAGCGUGUGGCGCGAACGGCCAGAAAACUUAUGA